AACCGAGCAGCCUCAAGGUUACCAGGAAGCAGCCUGUUUGCUGAGAGGCAGCCGGAACUGGGACCCACACAACAUAGGACCUCCUGGGACCUAAGAGCGCAUCUGCACAUUAUCUGAUGAUGACCGAGAAAGAGGAGACAGUCGAAGCGUGUGGUAGUCCUGACACCGUCCUGUCAGCCAAGAGGGCUGGACGAGCCUCGCUGCUGGACAGCGGGGAGGACUUCGAGAUGUUAGAUGAAGAGGAUAUUGACGACGACCCCCCUCCCCUGGAGGAUGCUGGCGGUGGGAAGAAAAACAAACCAGAUGGGUCUGAAGAGACAGGAGCAGACGAAGAUGCAGACACUUCAGCCCCAUUGGAAGAAUGGCUAGAUGUGUUAGGCAAUGACCAGCUGAAGAAGAAGGUCUUGGAGGCAGGGAAAGGGCGAGACAGUCGGCCACAGAAAGGACAGAAUGUCAAGAUUAAUCUUAAGACUUACCUGAAUGAUGGGACACUUGUAGAUGAGCAGCCUGAGCUAUUGUUCACUUUGGGAGACGGUGAUGUCAUCCAGGCAUUAGAUCUCACUGUGCAGCUUAUGGAAAUGGGAGAGAAGGCCCUGAUCCAGGCGGAUGCAAAAUAUGCAUAUGGUGCUCGGGGGAGUGUUGACCCUGAGGUCCCCGCCAACGCUGAGCUGUCCCUGGAAGUGGAGCUGUUGGAAGCUACUGAUGCUCCAGACCUGGAGCUUCUGCCUCCUGCAGAAAGGAUUGCCUUGGCCAGCCAUAAGAGAGAGAGGGGCAACAUGCAUUAUCAGCAUGGGGACUAUGCCUUUGCUGUCAACUCCUACAGCAUUGCCCUGCAGAUCACAGAGUCCAGUUCUAAAGUGGACAUCACUCCUGAGGAGGAGAAGGAGCUGAUGGAUGUGAAAGUGAAGUGUUUAAACAACAUGGCUGCUUCUCAGCUUAAACUGGACCACUAUGAUGCAGCACUUAAAUCCUGUGUCUCAGCAUUAGCCCACCAGCCAGACAACAUUAAAGCACUUUUUCGCAUGGGCAAGGUACUGGCCAUGCAAGGUGAAUAUGCAGAAGCCAUACAAAUUCUGAGGAAGGCACUGAAAUUGGAACCAAGCAACAAGACUAUCCAUGCUGAGCUGUCCAAGCUGGUGAAGAAGCACUCAGAGCAGAAGGGAGCAGAACAGGCCAUGUACAAGAAGAUGCUGGGUAACCCUGCCAGUAGCAGCAGCAGCACACAGAAACACCAGGCCAAAUCCUCCUGGGGUCUCAGCUGGAAGUGGCUAUUCGGUGCUACUGCAGUAGCCAUCGGUGGUGUAGCAUUAUCUGUUGUCAUAGCUGCUAGAAACUGAACUAGAACUGUAGUGAUGGCCUGUCAAAGCCCCUUCAAAUUGAGAGCGUGAACGAAGAAGCACCUAAACUUUUGAACUUUGUUUGAAGGGGACAGAAAUGUCAAUUGGUCAGUCGCCUCUUUACUGUGACUGUACUUACAUUUCUCUGCUGUGUUUGAGAACUAUAUUUGACUAAUAAUAAAGCAUCAGAUAUUUGCAGAUUAAGAAAAAUCACUACAACUUUAUAAAUGUGUAGGCCUGUCCAUAUCUGUGACAUUGCCAGAUACUGAUUGUCUUGCUGCCAUUGUGUUUUUCUUUGGUAGUGUUUGGAAAUAAUCAAGCACUGAAAUGAAAAUGAAUUUACCAUAGUUUGAUUAUCUGAUAUAUACAUCGUUUUGUCGGCCCCACAGAAAUAAAUACUGUGAUGCGGUCCUAUAUUGUCUUAUUAUUUCACAGCUUGAGGUUGUACAGUAAAAUUAAUGAGACUUUUUUGUUUUCAAGAUAGAAUGUGAUUUCUGUUGUUGUAAUCAUAGUAGAUCUCAUGCUGACUGAGUUAUUGUAAUAUUGCAGUAUCUGAGGUGCACACUUUGGCAAGAUACUUGGCCUUUGUCCUAACUCGCUCUUCCCCCAGACUCCACUCAUGUACAUUUAAGCAUCGUCUUCAUGUAAGUGCAGGCCAGUGGAAGGACCGUCUCCUGUUCCUUAACUGUUAAAUGGCUCCUUUCCUUUCAUGAUAAUAGGGAUGCAAUUCAUUCUUUAAGGACACGGACAGAGAAGUGUUGGUGUUUUCCAGUGGUGUGGCUGUAAGAAAAUAGAGUCGAUUAUUUUUACUCUUCAUAUUCAGUCAAAUAUACCUCACUUUUUGAUGGUCAAGACCAAAUGUUGAAGGGUUAUCCUUCAAGUACAAUGUUAGAUGUGAAGUUGUUUUUCUCCCCUAGAUUAUUUUAACAAGUUUGUUUCAUUUUUCUGUGUACAUUUUUUGUGAUGGAUGUUUCAGUGUUGCUUAUUUAUUACUUUUUUUUUCGUUAAUUGUUUUUGUGCAUAAAUGAGACAGCACUGAAUCCAUGACUUCUCCAGAAUAAAUGGUACAGAGCCAAAAGUUGCAGGCAUUGUCCGCAAUUAGCGACACAAGUUGUUUUAAAAUUUCACUUUGCAUUUCAUACAUUCCCUGCAUUUGUUAAUUUUGUAUUUAUCACAAUAAAGUUUCUUUUCUGUCAUUAUC